CCCCAUGGCCGCCGUGUUCCUGGUGACGCUGUACGAGUACUCGCCGCUGUUCUACAUCGCGGUGGUGUUCGUUUGCUUCCUGGUGACUAGCGGCUUGGUGCUGGGCUGGUUUGGGUUGGGUGUCCCUGUUAUUCUGAGGAACUCAGAGGAAACAGAAUCCAGCACAAGAGUAUUGAAGAAGCAGAUGAGACAAGUGAAGAAUCCUUUUGGGUUGGAAAUACCUCGUCCUGCUGCAGCUUCCAUAACAAAGGGUGUAACUCUGACCCCUGACUGCCUGGAGGAUUGUGUCCUUACCUGCUACUGGGGCUGCAAUGUGCAGAAACUCCACGAAGCCCUGCAGAAACACGUCUACUGCUUCAGAAUAAAGACUCCUCAGGCAUUAGAGGAUGCUCUGUACAACGAAUACCUCUACAGACAACAGUACUUCAUUAAAAAAAAUGACAGGGAAGAAAAAUAUUGUCAGUUACCAGAAGAUGCUCAAGUUGUGGAUUUUGGCCCCGUGCCUAGAUCUCGCUACCCACUGGUAGCACUGCUGACGUUGGCAGAUGAAGAAGACAGAGAAAUAUAUGAUAUUAUUGCAAUGGUGGCUGUAAUUCAUAUUCCUGAUGAAAGCUACAGACUUUCCUGCAGAAUAUUGUAUCAGUAUCUCCUCCUGGCUCAAGGUCAAUACCAUGAUCUGAAGCAACUCUUCAUGUCUGCAAACAGCCCUGCACCCUCCUUGGGGGACACACUCCCUGCUGAGAGCAGCACUGACAGAACCCUGCUGGAAAAGGCUGGGCUGGCUGGAGAUGAACCAGAGCUGCAUGAGGAAACCAGUAAAGACUGUGUGGUGUGCCAGAAUGGCCCUGUGAACUGGGUGCUGCUGCCCUGCAGACAUGCCUGCCUCUGUGAUGGCUGCCUCAAGUACUUCCAGCAGUGCCCCAUGUGCAGGCAGUUUGUCCAGGAAUCCUUCCCACUCUGCAGUAAAAAGGAGCAAGAUGAAGAUGAGUCGACCCAUGUCUUGCAAGAUGUUCUUCCUGGAAGAGUUUUUUAAUAUGGGGAGUUAAAAAAAAAAUAGAAGAACUGGGUUGUGUGCACUAAGAUUAAAUGUAGGAGCCAGACUGGGUUUGGGGAGGAUAUGUAGCAUUAACUCAUAAGGUUUUGCUUUUAAUUGGUAGGUAAUUCUCAGCUUCCUUAUUUUUCUUCACUCCAUAUGCUCACAGGAGCACUGAGCUUCUCCAUGCAAUGUGGACAGGAGAAGUGCGUAGGAUAUCUUGGAAGGAUGGAGUUUUAUUUAUAACUCCUUCCUAGUUUUUCUUGGAGUGCUACUGGAGGCUAUUUUGACUACUAAAUUUAGUCUGUCUGCUAAAAACAGCAUAAACCGAGUUCAGUUGCACGAGGCUCAUUCUAUAUUUAUUGUAUUUAAAAUGCUAGAGCCAAUACAUCAUUUUACUCAGUUUAAUUUAGAAACUUAGCACUUUACAGAAUGUACCAGAUGAAGGGAAGUAAAUAUUCCUCA